AUGCAGAACCCGCUGGAACUGGGCGCCGCUCGCUACUUCCCGGCCGAAGCCUUCCCCGACCACCGCUCCCACCGCUACCGCAGCUUCAUGAUCGAGGAGAUCCUCACCGACCCCCCGGACGCCAAAGGGGCCGCGCCGGCCGGGGAGCUGCUCAAGUUCGGGGUGCAGGCGCUGCUCUCCGCCCGGCCCUACCACAACCACCUCGCGGUGCUGAAGGCGGAGCCGGCCGCCGUGUUUAAGUUCCCGCUGGCUCCCCUGGGCUGCUCGGGGCUGGGCUCGGCGCUGCUGGCCGCCGGCUCGGGACUGCAGGGCGGCUCCGCCUCGCCGCAUCUCCCGCUGGAGCUGCACCUCCGCGGGAAGCUGGAGCCGGGUCCCCCGGAGCCGGGCAAGGCCAAGAAGGGCCGCCGCAGCCGCACCGUCUUCACCGAGCUGCAGCUCAUGGGGCUGGAGAAGCGCUUCGAGAAGCAGAAAUAUCUCUCCACGCCCGACAGAAUAGACCUGGCCGAAUCGCUGGGGCUCAGCCAGCUCCAGGUGAAAACUUGGUACCAGAACCGGCGCAUGAAAUGGAAGAAAAUAGUGUUGCAAGGGGGCGGCCUGGAGUCCCCCACCAAGCCCAAGGGCCGCCCGAAGAAGAACUCGAUCCCCAGCAGCGAGCAGCUCUCGGAGCAGGAGCGCGCCCGGGACGCCGAGAAGCCGCCCGAGAGCCUGGGCUCGCCGGCCGAAGUCAGCCAGGAGGAGUGA